AUGAUUCGCGCAAGAAGAACGAACACCGCGGUGCCGAUAGAGGACUCCUCCAACUUCCCCUCCACCUUCACAGACGGCCUUCCGCUUCCAAAGCUCAUCGCUUUUGAUCUUGAUUACACUCUCUGGCCUUUCUGGGUAGACACCCACGUCACGCCCCCAAUCAAGGCGCGCGACAACAACUCCCGCUGCACUGACAAAUGGAAUGAAUCGUUCGCUUUUUACCCCCACGUCAACUCCAUCAUCACAAGCUGCAAAUCCCGCUCGAUUCCUAUGGCCCUGGCCUCGAGGACGCACGCUCCCGAUCUCGCGCGCGACAUGCUCAAACAGCUGCACAUCAUCCCGAACUUCAGCGAUAAUCCCUCUGCGAAUAAGGUCCGGACGGUUAGAGCGCUUGACUACUUUGAGUACAUUCAGAUCUUCCCGGCCACGAAAACGCAGCAUUUUUUGAAGAUUCACCAGGCGAGCGGGAUUGCGUAUGAGGAUAUGCUUUUCUUUGACGAUGAGGCGCGCAAUCGCAACGUUGAGACAGAGUUGGGCGUUACGUUCUUGCUUGUUAGGGAUGGCAUGACGAGGGAGGAGGUCGAUAAAGGGGUUUGGGCCUGGAGGAAGAGGAACGGGAUCAAGCAGAACCAGAAGGAUGGGGAAGAGCAGGUGAGGAAUUAG